CUUUGCAUGUGCGCGCUCCGCGGAGACACCCGGCGCAGCGGAGCGCAGGCUGGACCAGAGCGCGCCAUGAACCUGGAACCAUGUACCCCAGGAACCAUGGACUGGAACCUGAAAAAAACGUAUGACACAUGUCUCUUGGUGCAACUAGACCAGGCCAACUCCAGUUCCCUGCACCCUCUGACCUCCGCGCUGUGUUACCAGUACAUACUGUAUACAUUACUGCCUUCCUUGUGCCUGUUCUUCUCAGCUCUGUGAACUUGAUACAGCCUGGAGUCAUCUCGUCUGAGAGGGAGUCUCCGUUGAAGGACUGACUGCCCAGAUCAGACUGGCAUGUGCUCAUGUCUGUGAACAUGUCUUGGCCUCGCUGACCUUUGAGGAUGUGGCUGUGCGCUUCACCCAAGAAGAGUGGACUUUGCUGGAUCCUUCCCAGAAGAUUCUCUAUGGAGAUGUGAUGCAGGAGACCUGCAGGCAUCUGUCUUCUGUAGGUGAGCCUGAGUCCCUGGCGUCACUCACUGUUGCUAAGUGCUGAUUUGGAAUGAAGAUGGAUGCACCAUGGCAUAAACUGGGAAUGCUGGGAUUUGGAAACUUAUUUCAGAAGUCUAGAGAGAAAUUUGAGAGUCCAAGUGAUAAAGAGAGACUGUGAACUUACAAACAGUGGCCUAUGUGGAGAAACAGUUGCCCAGCCAAAACUUCCUGAAUGUCACACUGUCAGUCAGUCAUCCCUGAAGAGGCACACUACAUCCAACUCUAAAUACAGACCAUGUGACUAUCAGAAAUAUGUAAAGAAAUACUAUUUAUGUAAAAUAUGUGAUAAAGCCUUUACGUGCCUUGGCUCCCUUAAAAAACAUAAAAAGAUCCACGCUGGAGAGAAACCAUAUAAAUGUAAGUAUUGUGAGAAAACCUUCAGCUACCUCCACUUUGUUAAAAGGCAUAUGCUAACUCAUAAUGCAGACAGGCAUAGAUGCAAGGUAUGUAGAGAAAUAUUCCCUAAUGCUGUUACUCUUAGGGAGCAUAAAGCAAUUCACUCUGGAGAGAUUCCUGAAUGUAAGGAGUGCGGAAGAAUGUUCUGGACUUCUAGUUCCCUGGACAUGCAUAAAAGGCUUCAUACAACAGAAAAACUUUAUGAAUGUAAACACUGCGGGAAAGCCUUCAUGAGCUACUGUUCUUUUCAACUGCAUAAAAGGACUCACACUGGGGAGAAACCCUAUGAAUGUAAGCAGUGUGGGAAAACCUUCAGACAUUCCAGCCAUGUUCAAGCACAUAAACGAAUUCACACUGGAGAGAAACCGUAUGAAUGUAUGCAGUGCGGGAAGACAUUCACGUCUGGCCACUGUGCCAGAAGACAUUUAGGAACGCACAGUGGAGCCUGGCCUUACAAAUGUGACGUGUGUGGAAAAGCUUAUCCCUAUGUGUAUUCCCUUCGAAAUCAUAAAAAAAGCCACAAUGAAGAAAAACUUUAUGAAUGUAAACAAUGUGGAAAAGCCUUUAAAUACAUUUCUUCUUUACGCAACCAUGAGACCACUCACACUGGAGAGAAGCCUUAUGAAUGUAAGGAGUGUGGGAAAACCUUCAGUUGUUCCAGCUACAUUCAGAAUCACAUGAGAACGCACAAAAGGCAGUCCUAUGAUUGUAAGGAGUGCGGUAAGGUGUUCUCAUAUUCCAAAAGUCUUCGGAGACACAUGACUACACAUAGUUAAUUGGAGAGGAUUAAUUUUAAGUAUAACUUAAAUACUUAGAAGAGCUCCUCACAUUCCAGCUCCUCAUUAAAAUAAAAAAAAAAUCACAGUGGAAAACGAGUCUAUGAAUGCAGAAUGUGUGCCAAAGUCUCAGUGCAUGCCACAGUCUGAUGUGCCAAAACCCCCUAAAUUGGAAGAAUUUCAUCUCUGAGGACUUGCUGAAGAUGACUUCUGCACAGAGAACUUGGGAAGCUUUCUGACUCCUUGCUAGCAUACAUGGGAAGACAUGGUGAGAGAAAAACUAUGGCUGUUAGUUAGCCUCUCCCACUUUACCUUGAAUUUUAGCAGUGUGGGAAAACUUAAGGUGCAGCCUUCUUAUGUGUGCAAACCACCACAAACCCGAACUCUGUCAAUGGAGGAAGUAACUGGACUCUUGCCAAGUUAACAAAUAUUUUCAAACCCAUGAAAUGAGGUCUCAAAUCUCAUGAACCUAAGAAGUAUAAAACCUGCUGGCCCCAGGGCUUCCUAGAAGCCACCAUGGGAAACGGGACAGUAUCCUGUGGUUCCUCUCCCUUACUGCUAAAUGUGUCAGCAUAUUGUGGAUUUUUGAUUCUUAGUCAUAAUCUGUUGGUAUUUGGGGGCAAAUUUUGUUUAUUCUACAAUUUCAGAUGUGCAUUCCGUCUUGAUUGUAUCUCCCCGUGUCACCCCAGACGCUCCUCAGCAUGUCCCCUCCCACCUUCAUGUGCAUUUCCCACCCCAUCCCCCUUUCUUAGGCAGCCAAAGCUUCGGUGUGUUGCAGAAUGAGCCAGCUGCCCCUGCCCAGCAGGCAGCACACUCCCAGCCCUCAGCUCCCAGUCUUUCAACCCCUUUUGUGGGUUUUAAGCAAUCGUUUCUGGGUGGUUUUUAAUAUUUAUUGAGGGCAGAGUGGGUCUUGCUGAAAUACCCGUGUUCAUCUGAACCUACCUGGUUCCAGUUUCAAGUCUCCAAUCUAAGUGGGACCAUAGCUGUGUGCCAAGAUUCCCAGGCUAUGUGUAUUUAAUGGGAGUGUUUUUUCCUUGUUGAAAAAACUUUAUUUAUUGCAUCUUAACAAAAUUAGACCCUUCUAGUAAAUUGAAAUGUAUUAAGUUGCCUUCUGAUCUCCACACAUGCCAAGGCACAUGUGUAUACAAUAAUAAGUGUAAAAUAAAAAUAUAGUUCAAAUGUGCAUAUACUUAAUCAUAAUUUUUAAGUACUUUUGUGGUUAAUGGAACAAUAAAAACUGGCUGCAGUUGUCCAGUUUGUAGAGACUCUUACGCAUUGUGUGGAAGCAUCACCUAUACAAACAACAAACAAAGCUGUUGGCCUAUGAGCUUAGGCAAAAAAUAAGUGGGGGUACUGGCAGGGAGAGUAGAUUCUGGGAUAGAGUCAGGUGCGGGAGGGGAUGAUGGAGACAGUCACAUGAACUGAGGAGCAAGAACUGGUCAUGUGCCAGGACUUAGAAGACGAUAAGUGGGUUACUAAGCGACAAGCUAGUGGGGGAACAAGCCCAAGCUUCUACCCCGGGAAAUCACUCAUCAGAGGCAUUAUUUAGGGAACUUGGGCGCAGGUGGAAAAGCCUGAAGCACCAGAUUUUGUCACUGGCUGGUUAUGGCUGUACUUUAUCAUUUUACUAUAUUCCACGUUUCUUUUCUAAGUUAUACUUUUUCAGCACAGUUUACUCGUUCAUACUAAAAUAGUAUUGUUCUGUGUGCUUGCUUGUUAUGAUGGAGAGUGCAUGUAUGUGUGUUCAAGUGCCAGAAAGCUGCAUAAGGUCCCCUGGAGCUGAACUUACAGGCUGGCACGGGUGCUGGGCCCUCUCUGCAGCCCCACUGGCAUCCAUGCCUGGGAAUGCCUUCGCUUGGCUGUGAUGGUGCCUCAGAUGGGAUCCCUGGCUCCAGCACUCACUACCACUGUGGAGCUCUGUUUGCUCAUGGAUGUUGCUUUGAAAAUUGACUUUCCUUGGGAAGUCAUUCAAUAGUUUAACGGCCCUGGGUCUAGUCCCCUAGCACCCCCUCCCUCCCAUCCUCACUUGGAAGCAGCCUUUUGUGCUUCCCCCACAACACUCCCCAAUAAAUCUCAAGGUCUAUUUAGUGGUGUGAUUUUUGUAGGGAGUGUGGGAAUAAAAACUGAGUCAUGUUGGGCAUCUGCCAGUCCCAGCAUCACUGGGACACCCAGAGAGAAAGGGGAAGUGGGCAGAAAAGAAGACAUGGUAGGAGACAUCCUCCCUUUCUGGGGUGUUUUGAAUAGGUAUGGCCUCCAUAGGUUCAUGUGUUUGAAUAUUUGCCCCAUAGGGAGCUGCACUAUUAGCUGCAUCCUUGUUCUUCACGUGAAUGAAGUCGUCUAGCACUAACUUUAAUCUUUUUGAACCUUCCAGAAUAGCCCAAGGUUCUUUGUCCCCACUUCCUGACUUGGGCUAUGGCCUUUCUUGCACCAGGAGAAGGCUCUCUGUGAAGGUUCUAAGACACUCCACCCAUUUUUCAGAUGAGGAAAACAAUUCUAGAAAAGAAAAAAAAUGCCCUCCCUUAGGACAAGAGCCAGAACUCAAGAAGGAGACAAGUUCAGCAAGCCAGCAAGAUGGCUUCCUGGUAAAGGCACUUGCUGCCAAGAGAGUUCAGUAUCUGAACUCAUAAUCAAAGAACUAGAUACAGCAAGUUGUCCUCUAACCUCCACACAUGCAUCAUAGAGGCCAUGUGAAUGUGUGUGUAUGCUCAUGCAAACAUAUAUACACAUACACACAGUUAAUUUAAGAAAAAUUAUAAACAAAAGAAAAUAUGUUCAUCCACAAUGGAGUACUGAAUAUCCAGACACCUUUAGGGUAACACUCUAGUGGUCAGUGUUGGAAUCGCAUUGACUGGAUUCCCUGAAGCUGUGGAGAGAUGGGACAGUCUAUCGUCCGUCAUCAUUGGUUAGUAGAACCAGAAAUAUUUCAUUCUUCCAACAUGUCUCUGUUUCCCUGAUACCAGGGUGACAUACAGUUUUUUUUUUUUGUUUUGUUUUUGUUUUUGUUUUUCCGAGACAGGGUUUCUCUGUAUAGCCCUGGCUGUCCUGGAACUCACUCUGUAGACCAGGCUGGCCUCGAACUCAGAAAUCCACCUGCCUCUGCCUCCCAAGUGCUGGGAUUAAAGGCGUGCGCCACCACCGCCAGGCUGACAUACACUUUUUAAAUGUCUCCCUUUACUUCUGAUCAUUUCAUAAUGUACACAAUGAAAUGAUAGAAUUGACCUCUGUCUCCCACUUCCUUCCAUUCUCCCCAUAUUCCUGUAACCCCUCCCCUUCCCAACAUUAUCUCUUUCCUUUCUAUUAAGAACCCACCAAGUUCAGUUAGUGCUGCCUGUAUAUGCAUAAGUAUGUUGACAUCCACGCUAUCCUGAGAAGAGCUACUGUGCAUUCCUAAUGGCGCUGGCCUGCCUAAAAGACAGCAUUCCACAGCUCUUCUCCGCCCUCUGCCGCUCAUUUCUGUAUCCUUUAAUGAAAUGUGCCCCGAGGCCUGGAGCGGGGAGGCUCACCCCAGUUGUCCUGUUUAGGAAGAGCACUCAAUCUUAGGCUUAGCACUUGGACCAGUUAACCCGUCUCUAUUGACUGAAUACUGGCUGCAAAAAGUGGCUUCAAGGUCCAAGAUUGAGAGCAGCCCAGACAGCACAGGGGCUGAGCAGCAAGCCAUCAUGGUCGGAGCGAUGGGUGCAGGGACUGCGUAUCCACGCUCGCAAGGACGUGGGCUACAACUAGGAGCAGAACAAAAAUGAAGGAGGCAGGCAGGCCCUUGUCUCCUGGUGCUGUGUCUUGAUUAGAGGAGACCCAACUGGGAAGUAAAAACAUCCGCUGAGCCCCAACAUUCAAUGAGCAAAAUGGAUUGUAGUGACUGGGGCUAGGGCUUGGUAGAGUGUAUCGCCAUUGGCAUGCAGAAAGCCUGAGGUUCAAUCCCCAGCACUGCACAGCGAGUCAUGCUUGUCACCCCAGCCAUUGGGAGGUAGAGACAGGAAUACUGGGACUUCAGGGUCAUCCUCGGCUAUAAGAUUGGGCUAGCCUAGAAUAUAGGAGACUGCCUUCAAAGAGCUUGGAGUAUGAACUGGAAACAGCAAGUGGAAAGGUCCUAAGGCAAGAUGAGGAGUCUGUUGGAAGGCAAGAAAGAGGCAGGUCUGAGGAGAGUGUCUAGACGCAGCCAGCACUCACAGGAAGCAGGCGGGCGUGCUGAGACACGCUAGUCACCCCAGCUACAUCCAUCCCUGGACAGGAAAAAACUGACAGAUCCCUGGGGCUCACUUCAUGUGGAACUUGGGGGACAAGUUAUGUCCCAAGGUGGUGUUCAGCCACCUGUCCUCAAUAAGCCAAUUAGAAAAGUCAAGUUAACUACAAAAAGCAGAAAGGAACAUUUUGCCAAUGUGGCUGCUUUGGGAACAGGAUCCAGCGACUUGCCCAAGUCCAUCUUCUGGAGUGGGGUGCAGAGGGGACAGAUAGGCGUGUCCCCAAGCAGUCCUGCGCAAGGCGAGGGCCCGCCCAUCACUGCCCUACCAUCAUCUUUGGGAGGUUAAAAUCUUCCUGGGAGGAGAGGAGACCACGCCCUCGGCUGUCCUCAGGGCCCUCCUCCAGCAUGAGAAAACUUCAGUUUCUUGGGGUCCAUGUUAAUAGUUGUAGCCAAAGAGUCUCUAGGAUAUAUUCAUUCCUGCCAAGCUGAUUACACACUGGCUAGGAAGCCUGUCAUACAGCUAAGGUCCAGGUUCAGUGAGAAAAUAUAUGCUUUUUAUUAUUAUUUAUUAUUAUUGUUGUUAUAUUCAACACAAUAUAUAUUUUUCUACCAAUCAUAAAAAUGAUGGACAUGUUA